CAAAACUCGAUCUCUGAGGCAUUAUUCAGUGACGCAGCAUGUGGAACCAAUGUGCUUGUGAUAAACUCGCAGAGCAAAUCCAGCUCAACUCAGGGACAGCCCCACCACACGCUUUGCUGCAGUCACUGCUCAGCUAGAAGGAAAAACCGCGCUAGAGAAAAGUCACGAGGUGUCUGUAGAGCAGCGCGUAUACACAGCCAUUAGAUGCAUUUGCAGCUGAAGUAAAAUAGGUUGGUACAUUCAUGAUUUACGAAGUGCGCAGCCUGCAAACAGCUCCCAGCAUCGGGCACAAACUCAUUAGCGGUAACGGCCCCGCGGCCGCCAUGUUACGGCAGCAUUAGCCCGCCCCUCACGGCAGCCUCCACCUCGCGCCCCGGGAGGGGCGGGGCCCACGGCCGCGGAGCAGGCGCGGUGCGCCACCUUACGGUCACGUGACGCGGGUCAGGAUUUGUGAAUGCACGACUGGAAAAGGAAACACCAAUAUUUAACAAGCAAAGGAUUGAUUUUGCUCCUCCAGAGAAAAUUAACAGCUUGGUGGUCUCCUCUAACCAGCUCUGUAUGAGCCUUGGCAAAGACACCCUUCUCAGGAUUGAUCUUGGGAAGCCAGAUGAACCUAAUCAAGUGGAGUUGGGACGCAAAGAUGAAGCCAAAGUCUACAAGAUGUUUUUGGACCACACAGGCUCUCAUCUCCUGAUUGCUUUGAACACUAGUGAAUGCCUUUACCUGAACAGAAGUGUUCAGAAAGUACGAGCACUCUCCCGCUGGAAAGGCCACUUGAUUGAAAGCGUGGGCUGGAACAAAUUUCUUGGUACAGAGACCAACACUGGACCUAUCCUGGUGGGAACAGCCCAGGGGCAAAUUUAUGAAGCUGAAAUAUCUGUCAGCGAGGGAAGCCUCUUCGGCACUAAUCCUGACCAGUACUUCCGACUGGUCUACACUCUGGAGGAGGAAUCGGGAUCUGCACCUGUCUGCUGCUUGGAGAUUGAACGAGGGAUAGAAGGGAAAUUUUUUAUUAUAGCAACCACUCGAAAGAGACUUUUCCAGUUUGUUGGCAAAGUGCCUGAAGGUACAGAGCAGCAAGGCUUUGGCUCCAUAUUUGCUAUGCACGCUGACCACUUGCCCAGCUUCAGAGAGUUUCCAGCCAGCUUUGGAUUCAGUGAGAUAGCCUUUUAUACUCCAAAACUGCGCUCCAGCCCACGCUCCUUUGCCUGGAUGAUGGGAAAUGGUGUUUUAUAUGGUACAUUGGAUUAUAGCCGUCCCGAUUCGAUUUUGAGUGAUGAACGGGUCUGGGUUUAUCCUUCUGAUAUUGAUGUAACUGUGAACAAGCCAAUAUCCAUUGUGCUCACCCAGUUCCACUUUCUGUUGCUGCUGCCUGAUCGGGUGAUGGCUGUAUGCACGCUGAAUGAGCAAGUGGUUUUUCAAGAUCUGUUCUUGGAGAAGUUUGGCACGUUGACACGCAUGAUCAAAGAUCCUAUGGUCCAGCAGAUCUGGAUCCACACUGAGAAAGUUGUGUUCCGCUAUCAUGUCCAGCGGGAAUCUAGAGAUGUGUGGAAAAUGUAUAUGAAUAUGAACAAAUUUGAUUUAGCCAAAGAAUAUUGUAAAGACCGUCCAGAGUGCCUAGAUAUUGUGCUGGCAAAAGAAGCAGAACACUGCUUCCAAAACAAGAGGUAUCUAGACAGUGCCAAGUGUUAUGCACUGACUCAGAACUAUUUUGAGGAAAUUGCCCUUAAGUUCAUUGAAGCCAAGCAAGAAGAGGCCCUGAUGGAGUUUCUGAUUAAGAAGUUAAAUAACCUAAAGCAUUCUGAGAAGACACAGACCACUCUGCUGACCACGUGGCUAACAGAGCUGUAUCUGAACUGGCUAGGUAUACUGGAAGGAGAUCCCUCACAGCGGAAUCUCUAUUUGGAUACACGGGAGAAGUUUCGCACCUUCCUGAGCAGCCCGAAGAACAAAGACUGUUUAUUUAAUAACCGGGCAUCUAUUUAUGAGCUUUUGGCAAGCCAUGGGGACACAGAGCACAUGGUCUAUUUUGCAGUCAUCAUGCAGGACUAUGAGCGAGUAGUAGCUCACCACUGCCAGCACGAUGAGUACGAUGAAGCUCUAAAUGUGCUGUCCAGGCACAGAGAUGAGAAGCUGUUCUACAAGUUCUCUCCGGUCCUCAUCCAGCAUAUUCCCAAGAAAGUGGUUGAUGCUUGGAUUUCUAUGGGCUCUAGACUGGAUGCCAGGAACCUUAUUCCAGCUCUUGUUAACUAUAGCCAGAGUGCCAGUACUCAGCAGAUCAAUGAAGCCAUUAGAUACAUGGAGUUCUGUGUAUAUCAGUUGGAGGAAACCCAGCAAGCUAUUCACAACUACCUGCUGUCUCUCUAUGCUUUGUGUCGGCCAGAUUCAUUGCUGUCAUACCUGGAACAAGCAGGAACCAACCCAAACAGAAUCCACUAUGACCUGAAGUAUGCACUGCGCCUAUGUGCAGAGCAUGGGCACCAUCAUGCAUGUGUCCAUAUUUAUAAAGUGAUGGAAUUAUAUGAGGAAGCUGUGGAUCUUGCGUUACAGGUGGAUGUUGAUCUUGCCAAGUCCUGUGCAGAUCUCCCUGAAGAUGAUGAGGAACUCCGGAAGAAGCUCUGGUUGAAGAUUGCUCGCCAUGUUGUUCAGGAAGAGAAGGAUGUCAAGAAGGCAAUGGCCUGCCUCUCCAGCUGUGCCCUGCUGAAGAUUGAAGAUGUCCUGCCAUUUUUUCCAGACUUUGUCACUAUUGACCAUUUCAAGGAGGCUAUCUGUAACUCCCUGGAGGACUACAACAAGCACAUUGAGGAGCUGAAGAGGGAGAUGGAGGAAGCCACGCAGAGUGCCAAGAGAAUCCGAGAGGACAUCCAGGAAAUGAGAAAUAAGUAUGGCUCUGUUGAGCCUCAGGAAAAAUGUGCUGCUUGUGACUUUCCUCUUCUAAACCGCCCAUUUUACCUUUUCCUUUGUGGCCACAUGUUUCAUUAUGACUGUCUUCUUCAAGCAGUUUUUCCAAACCUUCCUGCCUAUAAGCAGGCAAAACUGGAAGAUCUUCAGAAGAAGCUGGCAGCUACCAGUCAGCCUUCCAAGGGCCACCAUCGUCCCAAGGAUGCAGAUACUGCUAGUCUGGGGAAGGGGCAGCAGAGCCGGGAACAGAUCAAAGCUGACAUUGAUGAUAUUGUGGCAGCUGAAUGUGUGUACUGUGGUGAGCUGAUGAUCCGCUCCAUUGACAAACCUUUUAUUGAUCCUCAGAAGUACGAAGAGGAGAUGCAGAGCUGGCUGUAGUUCUCCAAAUCUGUAACUGUCAUUAUACCAGAGAGGUUUUGUUCACAACUUGUAAAGCUUCUGUGGUGGAAGUAAAAUCUCCAGAAAUGGGAACAGAGUGGCUUCUGUGGAACUCUUAAGGAAAGAGAAAUGGGGUCUUGUCAUCAGGAUUAUAGUAAACUAAUCUUGAAAAAAGUGGAGAUACAGCUAUUGCUGUCUUAAGAACUCAAAAAGCAAUUAGAGCUAAUCUACUGGAUUUUUGUUUUAGCACAUGUUUGCUGUUUGCAAUUUUGAGGUUCUCAGUGUGAAACUAAUGGUGUGCCUUGUUGCCCAGAAGGAACUGGGGACAGCCUGUGGUUUCUCUUCACUGUUGUGUUGUAUCUGUUUUGGCAAACACGCACUUCAAUUGAAGGCAGUGAGGAACACUAAACAGUGUAGUCUUCAUUCAUCACUUCCAAUGCUAGAAUUGCCUUUGGUUUUCUUUUUUUGCUGAGUCUAUAGCCACUUAUGCUGAGAGAACAUGAAAGGAGAAGUGCUCUUGCACAUAUAUUUUGUAAACGUUGUGCUACACAAAUACAUGUUUCUACACAACGUAGUAUAAGAGUGUGUAUAAUUUUCAAGCAGAUGUCUCAGCGUACAGUUUAGUCAUUUGACUGCAGUUCUCGUUCCCACAAGCUUUGUGAUCAAGCCCAUGCAUUUUAAUUUUCUCUGGGGGCUUUACUGCUUUUUCUAAUAAUGGUUCUUAGUUUGUUUACACCUUCAUCCCACUUCCACUUUGACUUCCUUUGUAUAGUGGAUCUUGUUUUCGUCUCCACCCCAAACCAGUGUUCCAGACAAGUAAGAACACUGCCCAGUUGUAUUGCUGUGCUCUGGUCCUCUUCAGGCAGCCCUUGAGCACUGGAAUAGAGAUGUAGUCAUAGAUUACCUCAAGGACAGACUACAGAAAACUCUUAACUGGUAAAAGAAAAUUUGCUCUCCUUGCUGGGUAGCCAGCAAUCUUCUGCCUUCUUGGCAGCAUUUGAUACUUUCUGGGAAUGGCUGCAAGUCGGUGUUUCUGUCUAUUGCUUUAAUUUGGAAAAUUCUUCCCAGAAUUGUCCACUGCACUGUGGGCAAGGGGACAAAAAGAAAAUUCUCCAGCAGUUAGUCUGGGUUCCUUGUUUCACUACUGGAGAAACUGAAGUUUUAAUGAAGUUCUGCUGGUUGUGGCUGAAUUGCAAAAUUAGCAGAAUUGAUCUAAGUUAAAAGUGAUGAUUCUUUUAAGUCAAGCAAUAAUAUUGUCCUCUGAAAACCUCUUCUGUUCUUUCACAAGCCUGUGCUUGGCUUGAGCACUUGCCUCAAGUCCUAUUCAUAGGAUCAUAGAACUAGGUCUUUUGCUUCAUUACAAGGGAAUAUAGAUUGGUUUUCUUGAGGAGUUGACUUAAGAAUUUUGAUAACCAUUCAUAGCUUCAGAAGACCAUUCAUGCAUUUGUUGUUGGGAGCUUCAGCCUGUAAUGAGUGUGUUUUGACUGUGCAAAGUAAGUAAUGAAAAGCAGAGCCGAAGUGGGGAGACCUGAGGUGGCUACUUUUCUGCCUUUUCAGAGAAACAUCAGUUGCAGCUUAUUCUGGUGGAGAGAGUAAUUUAGAGUUACCUAUUUUCUUUAGGACAUUCUUUAUGUUUGUUCUGUCUCUUUACUUUUUGGUGUUACAGCAUGCUUGCCUGGUAUAUUAAAAGUGUUAUCCUUACAUUCCUUCCCUAUUAGUGCAGCAGGUUUGUUACAAUGUUAGGUAAAUGUUUCUGUUUUUCUCUAACGAGGAAAAAUAUUUUUUGCUUACAGACCAUUCCAAGGGAAUCUGGUCUGUAGGAUUAAAAGUCACAAGUCUCUGCCUAAGAUGGGUUUGUAGGGGAAAGUACCUCAAAAACCCACUCGUUUCAGUCUUAGGUAUUCAUACAUCUCAGUUAACAAAACUAAAACUACAUUAUUUUUUUUAAUGGCCAGUAUGCUGUAUUCUCUGAGGGCUCUAGGCUUCUUCAGUAGGUACGCAUACCACAAAUGUAAUGCUUCCUCACCACUGUUAAUUGAAAAUCUUCUAAGUUAUUUUCUAUUGAGGCUGUGGAAAUUGUUACUGCCUGAAAAGACUCCAGCAGUGGUUAAAUGACCAGUGUCAGUAGUGUAGGAACCUAUAUAAAGAUACCUUCUGAGCUUUCCUUAAACUGUCGCAUACUUCCAAAGUUUUGGUAAGUUCACACUUAUGUUUCGUGGCAACUUUGCAGUACAUCUCCCUGAAAAUGAGGUGUUUUUUGGGGAGGGCAGAUGGAAGCAAACUGUUUACUGUUCUCCAAUAAACCCAGUCUGCAAGAUCUCUUCCUCUGUGCUUUCAGAACAGCGUUUUGAUCUUUUCUCCUUGUAGUUUCAGCACAGUUGUGGUUUUUGAAGUCCUUUGUAUUUAUUUAUUUUUGUUCAACUGUGAAUGAACCAUAUACCGGCUGUUACAAACAACAUGUUUUUGAGUCUUUUUCUUGUCUGUGUAAGUAAUCUCUGUCAUUUAAUUUAAUCCAGGUAGAGAAGAGAGUAACCAAAAGGGUGGAUGGGAGCCCAAGCCCUGUUUAAUAUGAGUAAACUUCUGUAGAUAGAUUUGUGCUGAAGAAAUUUAGGCCUUACCUGCACAGCUAAAGUAAACAUGCCCGUUAUCUCGCCUCAACAUCAAGCAAGUAACUGAAGAAAUGCUGCAAUCAUAGGAGACAGCAGUGAAUGUGUAUUAUGGGAAAACUUGUGAAGAAUUUCAGAUACGCUUGCUGUUGACCUAUCAAGUCAGGAGCACAUCAAUAAAAUUCGGAGCUGUGUGGGUUGUCUUAUUACUAAAAGUAAGUGACUGGGCUGGAAAUAUAAUAAGGCAGGUUCUUAGCAAGCCACUAGAUGUCAUUGCUGUCCAUUUAAAUGCUUAGACUUGCUGCAGACAAGCUAAAGCUUGAAAAGUAUGUUACACAACAGAGAGGAAACUAUUCAGAUUCUCAGUGCCUUCUAUGUCAGAAAGGAGCCAGACCUGUAAGGUAGUUUCUGGAGGCAAAGAUGCUAUAAAGAAUUAUCUCUAGCUAAAAGGAAACUUUAUUUCACAGUUCACUUUCAGGUAUCAAAAGCUUUUCUUCUCAGUUAAGUGGUAUUUUUUUUUUUUACACUCUUGUUUAAUUGCAUUCCAAUGUAAGUUCCUCCGGAGACUAGCAGCUCACUUUGUCUCUUGAAGUGGCAUUUGGUGGCCUAGGAUCUGGCCGUUACCUCUGCUACUUGUCCUAGUGGCAGAGAUAGUAGAAGUAAAUGUGAGGCAGCUCUUUCAUUGCUAGAUUUUACACAUGGUCUUUAUUAAAAGCACCAUUACAGCUGGGUGUGUUAGUGUUUGGGUGAGGCACUGAGCAGUGUGACCAGAGAUGUUAGUGUUUGUUUCUCAGUGUGUCUCUGAGUUACAGGGUCAUCAUCUCAAUAUAGGAGUAGGAACAUCCUGUAUGCCAUCAAAAUUAGAUGUCAUUUUAUUCAGAAAUCAUCUAUUAACAUUUACUUCUUUGAAAGGCAAGUUCAAAUUAAGUAUAAUGACUUGCCUCUGUCAGUGUAUAGACUAUGUUUACAAAUGCAAAUACUUCUAGUGAGAGUUCGUGGGAAAUCUCUCCAUUAGGUCCUUGUACCACUUAAUUCAACAAUCCUGUACUGAUCUGUGGAAAGAUAGACUGCAAGUGGGCUUCUUCCUUGCCUUGAGUGUGAUGAGUUGAAAUUUGAGGUUUGAAAUAUCCAGGACUUAUGGACUUAGGGGUUUUGUUUUUUCAGUUGGACUCAAUCUUCUUCUUCAGAAUAGAUGGAGAGCCAUGCAAUUCACUAUGGUAAGUCUGGUGUUUGUGACAGAACCUUAAGGCAUCCUCAAAGCAGGGAGAUGCUGGCUAGAAUCUUCUGUUCCACCUCUUGUACACCAAGGUGGGAGGAAUGUCCUGGAAGUUAGAGGGAAUAGAGAUACGGUUUGGUUAAGCUUUAUGUAUUUGCCUGACUUCAGAGAAGACUUCUAAUUGGAACUGUGGGAAUUAAUGGAUCUGUAAUUUUCAUUCUGAGGUCUUGAAGAAAAAGCUUGUCUUCUGUUCAAAAGAAACAUCAACAUUUUAGUAAAUUUGUAGAGCUUGAGACUUAAAAAGCAUUCCUGUAAUAUUUUCUUUUUAUUUGCUGUGAGUUUAGGACUCUGUUCAUGCCCCAUGUAGACUUCAUACCCUCAGAGCCUUCUAGGAGUUAAGGUUUGUGCCCUUAUUGUGAUUUUGGAGACUCAUAAUGUUCCUCCCUCAAGCAAACUGACCUGCAGCUGCUUUCAGGUGGAAAAAGAGAGAGAAGAGAUUAAACAAAUUUUAGAUCUAUCAGUUGAAACUGGUUGGGAUGGAGAGAAAGAAGCACUGAACUGAGCGUUUUUUGUGAUGCCUGGAGGUGCUCGAGAAAGGUUGUUCUGAUAACAUUCCUUGCUUAGGAGCAAGGAAGAUACAGGAGCACUCUAAGAUUGUACGUUUAGCUGACUAGAAAUCCUAACUAUCAAAUCCUCUUCCUCUUAAAGAGGAUUUGCUACAGCCUUUUGUUUGUUAAACUGUUUGUUUGCUUCAUUUAUAAUAGAAUAGUACUGGUGGAGGCAUCUGCAGUGAAAAUGCCCAGGAGGAUGUGAGCAGUCACAGCCUACUCCUUAUUUUGUGUGUUAUAUAUUGUUCUUUGUAGGUAGCAGCUAAUAUGAAAAAGAUUGACGAAUGGUUUGGUAUCCAAAAGCAGGUAUUCUCCACUCUGUGCAGUUGAAGUCCAAGUGCCAGUCACUUGACAUGGGAUGUGCUUUUUGGAUCACAGCAUGAGCUUGAUGGCUGUUGGACUUUGCUUAAGCAGGUAUCUCUGUUUUCCGAUUAGUUACUCAGCAGUCUUUUUUUCAUUUCUGCAUGUACAUACUAAAUAGAUUUUCUAAUAAAUGUUUACUACAGAUCUGGGGUCAAAAAGCUUUUCUUAUCUGUAGUUUUUUGUUUUUGUUGUUGCUUUUGUUUCUUCUAUGGCACACAAGGCGCACAAUGUGGUUUUCUUAGAGAGUAGAUCUAACAUUUUUCGAUCUCUAAUGUUUCACCUUUUUCCCUUUUCUCACAGAGGUGUGUUUUCAUUGGGCCAGGACUUCUGGGUUAAUUAGGAACGUUAUGAAGAGGAAUGUGAUGGUUGCUGUAUUCGUUUUUUAGGACUUCUCCUUAUAGACCAGGUUGUGAAAGUUAUUAGAAGCUGCUGUUUUUUGAUGGCUGCUGUUUUUCAUUCAGAUGAACAAUUCUGGUAAGAGCCAACAAAAGCCUAUGAAGAUGCAGGUAGUCAGAUUUUUUUUAUGUUUGGCUAAUUAACAUGGUCCUUGCAAAAUAUUCUUCUAGUUUUCCUCAUACUGCAGAGUUAUCAUUUAGCUCUGCAUCAAUAUGUAUAACUGGUCUGUUGGUAAAAUAAAAUAAUCCUCCCAAGCAUA